AUGGAACUGUUGGGUUAUGGCGCCUCCGCGUUGGUGCUCAAUCCGCAUUAUCGACUUGUAAACCAACAGCUGACCGAAUAUCGAUCGGUCUUGGACAACCUCAAAUCCACUCAGCUGGCGGAAAGUGUUAUCAUGCUUCAUCAUUUACACGCCUCGAAUAGGAAAAAGCAGAACGAAAGCAACCCCAUUCAUGAGUUGGAGCUAUCCAACAAUUUCACAAAGACUUACAACUACGCCACCCAAUUUUCUAAAUUUAAUAAUCGCGAAACAAUCGAAAGCGUUAGGAACUUGCUUGUUCAAAAACAUUUCCAUAACUUUGAGCUUGCUGCAAUCGCCAACCUUCUACCCGAUACAGCAGAGGAGGCCAGAGUUCUAAUCCCAAGCUUAGAGGGUCCACGUUUUCCAGAAGAAGAACUUCAACAAAUCUUGGACGAAAUCCAGUCCAAACGAAGUUUUCAAUCCUGA